AGGGUUCCGUGCAGUUCCUCCGGCUUUCUCCACGCCCUCCCCGGUGCAUCCUGCCUGUUCUGGGGUCCAGAAGCGUGUUACAGGGCGGGAUGGGCGGGAGAGCAGAGCCACGGCCUCUGCGGAGAGAGUGAAGAGCGGCGAGAAGUUCCCGGUGCGGCGCGCCUAGCCACGCAGGGGCGGUGGGAGCGCGGGCCCGGCCCCCGACGGGCGCGGACGGCAGAGCCGCCGCCUGACUGCGUGGCGCCCCACCACUGCGGCCGCGUCACCCUCGCCCCCCGGGGUCGCCAGCGCUGGCCCGAGCUCCUACUGACGGCACACUGAGCCCGGCGCACUUGCCGGCCUCGUCUCCAAUGAUUCAGAAGUCACGCCCGGCGCUGCUGCAGCCUCAAGAUGUCGGAGACAGGGUGGAGACGCUUAUGGUUUGAUAACCAAGAGACCCCGGUGAUCUUGGUUCAGACACUCCCCUUCAGUUGAUUUUGCUCUGUGAAGAUAAGGAGAUGGCCAAUAACUUGUCUCUAGCUAGACCGAGGGAGGUGUGGUUGGGGGCCCAAUUCACAGAUGAACGUGGAUAGACAUUGCUCCGCAGGAUGUUCCUGGCUCCUUCCCAGCACUAGGGCUGGAGAGAUCCCAACAGCAGGAUAUUAUGGUCUGCACAACAUUCCAGCGCUGUUCAUUCCUGGGAACACUUUUCCCUUCUCUGAAGUGGGAAGCUGCAUCCGGUGAUCAAAGCUUUCCUGUGUGGCUCAUUCAGUGGGACCUGCUCCGCCCUCCUUUUCCAGCCCCUAGACCUCCUCAAAACUCGCCUGCAGACUCUCCAGCCCCCAGCCCCUGGAUCCAGGCGUGUUGGGAUGCUGGCUCUUCUCUUGAAGGUGGUUCGCACGGAGAGCAUUCUGGGCCUUUGGAAAGGGAUGUCUCCCGUAAGCUGCGUUUUGGGUCUUCUCUUGCGCCCUUUGCUGUAAUAGCCAGCCAUUUCUCAUGCACCUCACGUAUCCUCUCGUUAGGAUGGUCCAUUGUGAGGUGUGUCCCCGGCAUUGGUAUCUACUUCGGCACCCUCUACUCCUUGAAGCAGUACUUUCUGCGAGGCCAUCCACCAACCGCCCUGGAGUCGGUCAUCCUGGGAGUGGGCUCUCGCUCAGUUGCAGGGGUCUGCAUGUCACCCAUCACUGUGAUCAAGACCCGUUACGAGAGCGGGAGGUAUGGCUAUGAGAGCAUCUACGCAGCCCUGAAGAGCAUCUAUCGCAGUGAGGGGCACCGGGGACUCUUCAGUGGCCUGACAGCAACACUUCUGCGUGACGCACCCUUUUCUGGAAUCUACCUGAUGUUUUACAACCAGACCAAAAACAUCAUGACCCACGACCAGUUGGAUGCAGUCCUUAUUCCUGUUGUAAAUUUCAGCUGUGGGAUCUUUGCUGGUAUUCUGGCCUCCCUGGUAACUCAACCUGCGGAUGUCAUCAAAACUCAUAUGCAGCUCACCCCAAUGAAAUUUCGGUGGAUUGGCCAGGCGGUGACCCUCAUUUUCAAAGAUUAUGGGCUGCGUGGCUUCUUCCAAGGUGGCGUUCCCCGGGCCCUCCGCAGAACUCUGAUGGCAGCAAUGGCCUGGACGGUCUACGAGGAGAUGAUGGCCAAGAUGGGCCUGAAGUCCUGACCGAGAGGGGCCUGGGGACAGAUGGGCUCUGUUGCCUUGCCCGGCUCUUGCCAAGGGCUGCUCCGUCUCACUGUCCCGGAGUUAGAGGAUGUCCUGUCUGGAAAGCCAGGCAGCUACGUCACCUUCAGUUACCCAGUUUGAGUAGAGAAUAGAUGGGCCCGACUCAAGCCUUCAGGAUCUCCCGAAAGAGGUGUUACUGAUGCAUACUGCGCGCUAGGGAGUUAGGAGAGGGUUUGCCCAUCCUGCAGGACUUCUUAAAAAGGGGUUUCUGGAGAGAGCUCUGUCAGGUGGCUCCGCUUCACCUACACCCACCUACACCAGGCUGCCGUUUGGAUCUGUCCUUGGGCAAGGAAUCGCACCGCCAGAGAAUCCGCGGACUGGCGCUACGGCCGAGGCGCUCCAGUGGGGGAAGCCCAUCUGCCGGGAGAGGGGUCCUUGUCACAAGGCUGAAGGCUGUGUCCGGGGUGCUGUUAGGACGAGGGGAAAAAAGAUGUUGUUACUUAACUGGUGGUUACUUAAUCACCUGGAGAGCCUCUAAAGAAGUGGAGACAGUGGCUUCUUAGCCUCUAAGUGUCCAAAUAACGUUUUUUUGUUCUUGGCCUCCGCCCUGUUUUAAUUCUGAAUUGUUCUGGCUUUUUUUUUUUUUUUUUUUUUUUUUGCUGCUGCUAAAAUUCACAUAAAUAAAGUGAAGCACUUUAUCACUGACAACUGUUUGGAAAACCUCAAUAGUGUCCCCUCUGUGUUCUAAAAUAACCAAAUUAAUCCAAGGUGGCUGGCUCUUGACCCAUAUACGUCCUUCGACCUAAACAUCUUUUAAAAAGCUUUAUUUCACACAUUGUACCAUCCCCUCAUUUCAAAUAAACCAAUCCGUGAUUUUUGGUAACUUCACUGAGGGGCUCAACCAUCACUACGGAUCUGUUUUAGAACACGUUCAGCCCCCAAGAUCUCAGAUUUAAAGAUCUCAUUCUGAGCCCCAGCCGCUGGGAGCUAUUGAUCCGCUUUCCGUCCAUCACUUGCCUUUACUGUGUGCUUCCUAUGAAUGCAGUCGUACAAUUUGUAGUUUCGCAUCUGGUUUCUUUCGCUUAGCGUAACGCUUUUGAGGUUCAUCCAUGUGGCACGUUCAGCACUGUCCUUUGUUGUGUGCGUGGCCACAUAACAUCGUACUAUCCAUUCCUCAGUUGAGGACUACUUGAAUUGUUUCCACUUUGGGGCUCUUAGGAAUAAUGCCACUGUGAACGUUCACAUAAAAGUGUUUGUGUGGACCUAGCUUUUCAUUGCUCUUCUGGAAGCAUGUGCCUAGGAAGAGAACUGUGGGAUCAUGUGGUGGCAGUGUUUAACCAUCUGAGAAACUCCCAGACUCCAGACCAACCUCCGUUCCCACCAGCAGCGCAGAAGCGUUCUGAUUCCCCACAUCCUCCUCCACACAUGUUAUUGUUUGUUUUAUUUACUGGAGCCACCCGAGUUGGGUACCCAGGCUUUUCUAUCAAUUUUUCAACUUCGGAAGGAGCCAUACAUUUAUCCAGACAGCAGAAAGAUUGGUCUCCUGGUUAAGGAUACGGGCUGUGAUCUAGGUGGCCCAGAUAGAAAACCUGGUCCUCUACUUAUUUAGACACACUUUGCAACUGUUCCUGUAAAGCGGGGAUCGGGAUAUUCCCCACCUCCUAGGGCGAUGGUGAGGGUUAAAAGAGCAGAUGUUUCUGGUGCACUGUGGUAGGUUCCUGGGGCUGCACAACCAGUGACCAGAAAUUGGGUAGCCUCUGGCAGAAAUUUGUUCUGGAGCCUAAGAGUCUUCAAAUCAAAGUGUCAGCAGGGACAUAAUUUUCUCUGAAGGCUCUAGGGGAGGACAGUUGUGGCUUCUGGUGGUUGCUGGCAAUUCUUGACACUCGUCACUCCAGUCUGCCUGCGUCUCCACAAAGCCUCCCGUCUGUCCAUCUGUCUCUGUGUCCAAAUUUCUUUGAAGGACACGAGUAACUGGAUUCGGGCACACCCUACUCUAGAAGGACCUCCACUUGAUUAUAUCUGCAAAGACCCAUCAUCAAAUAAGAUCACAUUCAUAGGAACACAAUUCAACCUGUGGUGCAUAUAAAUUUAAUGAUGUUUAUACUUUAGGUUUUAGGUUGAAAUGUCCCAUUCAAGGGGCACCUGGGUGGCUCAGUUGGUUAAGCUUCUGACAUCAGCUCAGGUCAUGAUCUUGCAGUUCGUGGGAUCGAACCCUGUGUCAGCUCUGUGCUGACAGCUCAGAGCCUGGAGCCUGCUUUGGAUUCGGUGUCUUCCUCUCUGCCCUUCUGCUUGUGCUGUGUCUUUCUCGCUCUCAAAAAUAAAUGUUAAAUAAAUAAAUAAAUA